GCCUUGACUUUCAUGCCAGAAAUUAUCUGACUCCUCUGCUGCACACGACUGAUCUUCACGCUCUCUGGAUACAUUUUAAACGACGUUACUGUCUCUUUGGAGAAGGUUAAGCUAAUGUCUGCACGGUUACGCUCGACGGAAAGUCCAAUGGACUUUGAAUUCACUUCUCGGCCGACGAGUAAUGUGAAGCCAGUUUGGGCUGAGUCCAGUGGUGAUCCGAGUACACCGCGCAAAAGAAGUGUCAAUGACCUUAAAUCCCCAACGUCUCCAUUCCCCGGACCACAGACUCCAACAUUUGGUCGUCUGCAAAAUGUACCAUUCAUUUUCAAUACACCACCGCCUCAGACGCCUCAAACGUAUCCGUGGGUGCCGCCGUCAAAUUUCUCCCCUACCAAAGCGUUUCCUCAGCCGGAGUUAAAGGAUGUGGAUAUGCCUGACGCGAGUCCGCCACGACCGCCGUCUCCCGAGAAGGAUGAGGAAGGAGAGUCGGAUUCAGGACGAGCUAUUGCGCUAGGUGGGCUGAAGAGGGUGUUCAAGUCGAGACAGAAGGCCCGGAGUAAAAGUCGACUUGCGGUCGUGACUACACAUCUGAAUGAAAGCGAUGAAAGCGAUGAUGACAGUGAACGCGAAGUUACGCCUGUGACACAAAAUACCUCAAAUCAUUAUACCCUCAAUCUACCAGGCCCAAUACAGCCGCAAUCGGAAACGCCAUAUGUACUGUUGGGGUACCUGCAAUUUUUCUUCAAUCUUUCUUUGAUACUUGUGUUCCUGUAUCUAUUGGUACAGUUCAUCUUGACUGUUCAACGUGAUGUGGAACAAAGGAUCUCAGAGUAUUCCAUGGACAUUGUCCAGGAAAUUGCACAGUGUGCAAUGCAAUACAAGACGAACCUGUGCGCAACUAAUCCUAUACCGGCCAUGGCUCAUCAAUGCGGCGCCUGGGAGACAUGCAUGAACCGCGAUCCCACAAAGGUCGGCCGUGCUAAGGUGGGUGCGGAACUGAUCGCGGAGGUAGUCAAUGGUUUCGUGGAGCCCAUCAGCUGGAAAACUCUCAUAUUCACCUUGACAUCUCUAUCGUUCCUUACGGUGUUCAUUAACACACUGCUCUCGUUAUACCGCGCUAGGCACAACCCAUCAAACCAAGCGCCCGUGCACCAUCCGUCACCCAUCACCCCUUUCCCCAUUCAGCCUGGGAUUCCGUAUUCUCCACAUCUCUUGAACUCUGCGCCACAUUGGGGAAAAGCGUGGACAGCCCCAGCCGAAGUGGAGGGAACGCCCAGCCGUCGUAGGAAGUUGGAGGGAGGCGCUGUGAAAGAGAUCAAGUAAGGUUGUUUCGGGUCCGGUGUUUUAUGUUGUCCAUUUUUGUACGCGACACUCCUGUGAUGGACAGGGUGGAUUGGUGUGAGUGUUUGAUUCGAGCCACUAUCAGUUGUUCGGGGUAUAUUGACCAGCAAUGAUCUGCGACAUAAAUCAGAAUGCAUUCUCUUGACUAUAACCACCACAUACAUCGAACUAUCAUCUGCAUUUCAUCUCCAGUUAUUUAUACAAGGCUAUGACAUUCGCUAUUGGAUAUGCGACUCCGAGUCGCGAUCAUGCAAUUCCGUUCUCGGGCAGGAGUGAUUCAUAACCUCGCUCGUCGACAUUGGACCGAUCAAACAGCACUAUAUAAUUGCCAAUACCACGUAAGAUUAA